AUGAGUUCCACAGAUAAUGAUACCGAUACAGAUUCGACGGGGGAUUUAGCCGUACUCAGGAUCAUUAGAGAGAAUCCUGUUGCCAGAAAAGCGGUUAGAUAUGUUUUAUCGAGGGCAGAGUCCCAAAACUCCAUAAUAACAAGAAAUAAACUACUAUCUGUCAUACACGACACUGCUCAAGAGGAGAAUGCAGUUAAGCUUUCGUUUGGUGUAAUGUUUAUGGACAUAAAUGCUAUACUAGAUAACGUAUAUGGCUUUCAAUUAAUAGGGUUGCCAUCAAAGAAUAAUAUCAGCACUGGCGGUAAUAGUAGCAACAAUAACACGAAUAAGUCAAUAGAUGAACCCCUGGGACAUAGGGCCCAGAGAUUUAUUUUGUUGAACAAUGCUCCAUACUUAAAAAAUUUAGACGACUUCAAACUUUUACAGAGCGUUCGCACUUAUGACCAGCUGAUAGUGAACGGAGAGUAUGUUGGGGAUGACAUAGGAUUGGAAAGUACCAAUACCUUAGAAAGCAAGCUCAGUACAGAUCAAGAUCUUGUUUAUAAAGGGGUAUUAAGCGUUGUUUUAUGCGUUAUCUUCUUCUCUAAGAACAACAUCUUGCAUCAAGAGUUAAUCAAAUAUCUAGAGACAUUUGGCAUUCCAAGUGAUGGUUCGAAAAUUCCUAUACUAAACACCCCCAUUGAGGAUCUGAUAAAGACUUUAGAAAAGCGUGAAUAUAUAGCUAAGUUAGAAGAGAAAUCGGAUACUGAUGGAGAGGUCAUAUCGUACAGGAUAGGGAGAAGAACUCAGGCUGAAUUUGGUCUGAAAUCUCUUGAAGUGUUAGUGCAGGAAAUUAUGGGCCUCGAAGAGGAUCAGAGUAAAAGCUUGCAUGAUGAUAUAGUAAAAAGCAUCGGUGAUUCAUAUUCUAUAUAG